AUGUCUGACCUCUUCGUUGAGCUUACGGCGCCGAACGGUCGCAAGUACCAGCAGCCAAGGGGUCUCUUCAUCAACAACGAAUUCGUCAAGUCGAAGUCGGGCGAGACUAUCACUUCGAUCAACCCGAGUGAUGAGAGCGAGAUCGUCUCCGUCUAUGCCGCUGGACCCGAAGAUGUGGACGAUGCCGUAGCAGCAGCGCGGAAAGCGUUCAAGAACCCAGACUGGCGAGACAUGGACACCAAUGCCCGAGCUGACCUUCUCUACAAGUUUGCCCAAUUGAUCGAAGAACACAAGGAAACUCUGGCAACCAUCGAGACAUGGGACAAUGGCAAGCCUUACUCUGUCUCGCUGAACGACGACUUGGGUGAGGUUGUUGGCACUAUUAAGUACUACGCAGGAUAUGCCAACAAGAUCCACGGCACGGUCAUUGAUACCUCGCCUCUCAAGCUGGCUUACACAGUCCGUGAGCCUCUUGGCGUCUGUGGUCAGAUCAUUCCAUGGAACUUCCCUCUUGCAAUGGCAGCGUGGAAGCUAGGACCUGCUCUCUGCACUGGUAACACAGUAGUCUUGAAGGCCGCUGAACAAACACCCCUCUCUAUCCUGUACCUCGGAAACUUGGUCAAGGAGGCUGGCUUCCCUCCUGGUGUCGUCAACUUCAUUAACGGCGAGGGAAGGAAGGCGGGUGCUGCUCUGGCCCAACAUCUCGACGUCGACAAGAUUGCAUUCACAGGAUCUACAGCCACAGGAAAAGAGAUCAUGAAGAUGGCGGCUGUCAACAUGAAGAACAUCACCCUUGAAACAGGUGGUAAAUCACCUCUAGUAGUCUUUGACGACGCAGACCUUGAUCAAGCAGUCAAAUGGAGUCACGUUGGCAUCAUGUACAACCAGGGCCAAGUUUGCACGGCGACAUCGAGAAUCCUAGUGCAAGAAGGCAUCUACGACAAGUUUGUCGAGGCGUUCAAGGAGCAUGUGAAGACCACCUCUGUGGUAGGCGAUCCCUUCAAAGACGACACAUUCCAGGGGCCGCAGGUCACCAAGACGCAAUUCGACCGCGUUCUGUCAUACAUUGAGUCUGGCAAGUCGGAGGGCGCCACCCUUAUUGCAGGUGGAGAAGCGUACAAGAACGCUGGUGGCAAGGGCUUCUUCGUCUCACCCACCAUCUUCACCAACGUCAAAGACAGCAUGAAGAUCUACCGCGAGGAAGUGUUUGGUCCUUUCGUCGUUAUUAGCUCGUUCAAGGAAGAGGAGGAGGCGAUCAACCGUGCCAAUGACACAACAUACGGUCUCGGUGCAGCCGUCUUCACUGAGAACAUCACUAAGGCUCAUCGCGUUGCCAGACGUAUUGAAGCGGGCAUGGUGUGGAUUAACUCGAGCAACGAUUCCGAUAUCCGUAUUCCAUUCGGGGGUGUGAAACAGUCUGGUAUUGGCAGAGAGCUGGGCGAGGCUGGUCUUGAGGCAUACACCAACAAGAAGGUACGUUACGCUAGCAAACUCUCAUGCAGGUUGAGCUAA